AUGGGCGUCAUCCCAUUCCACCGAUCCAUCCUCGAAGUCCGGUUGACGAAACACUUCGACAAACCAACGGACAUGAGGUACGAUGGAACUCAAGACCCUCUAGAACACCUCACGGCCUUCGAGGCCAGGAUGAACCUAGAGGGAGUAGGGGACGAGGUGAGGUGCCGAGCCUUCCCGGUAACCCUAGCGGGACCCGCGAUCAGGUGGUUUAACGGCCUCCCGCAGGGAUCCAUCUACAGUUUCUCGGACAUCAAUCGUGCAUUCCUGGCCCAAUUUACAACACGAAUAGCAAAGGCAAAGCACCCGAUCAACCUUCUGGGGAUAACCCAGAGACAGGGAGAGCCGACCAGAAAGUACCUGGAUCGGUUCAACGACGAAUGCUUGGAAAUCGAGGGCCUAACCGAUUCGGUGGCCAGCCUUUGCCUGACGAACGGCCUCCUUAACGAGAACUUUCGAAAACAUCUCACCACGAAACCAGUUUGGACGAUGCACGAGAUCCAGACGGUAGCCAAAGAGUAUAUAAACGACGAGGAAGUCAGCCGAGUUGUGGCUGCCAAUAAACGGCAGUCCAGCUACAGCCAACCUCGGCAACAAGGCAACGGAGAAAGACUAAAGGAACAAACCAGGGAAGAGGCGCCAAGCAAGGCACCAAGGCCAUUCCCCCGGGUUGGGAAAUUCACCAACUACACUCCGCUCACUCUUCCCAUCGUGGAAGUUUAUCAACAAAUAGCUGAGAAAGGAAUCCUGCCGAAGCCCCGACCACUCAAGGACCGCACGGGAGGAAACAAAAACCUCUAUUGUGACUACCACAAAGGCUACGGUCACCAAACACAGGACUGCUUUGACCUGAAGGAUGCACUAGAACAAGCGAUAAGGGAAGGUAAGCUAGCAGCAUUCUCCCAUCUUAUCAGAGAGCCGAGGAGACGUUAUCGCGACCAAGACGAAGAAGGCAAAAUCCGUUCGGCAAAGCGACGACAAGAGCUAGAAGACAGAGAUCACGGCCUCACUGUGAUAAACGUGGUGACGGCCAAAAACGCCGCGCCAAGAUCCCGAUCGACGCACAAGAAAGAUGCUAAGGUCUUGUCGAUCUCCUCCUCGUUGGUGUGA